UACAUGUAACCGUCUAUGGUUUCUGCAAUGGUAUUUGUAUGCAAAGCACAGAUGGAAAUGAGAAUACAGCUUUCGGAAGAGUUCUAUGGAUUAUUAAUGAAUUUGUAAAGUUAAAUGGAGGACAAAAAUGAGGAGCGAUAGAUUGAAAAUUGUGUUUGUGUUGUGUCUCGCCUUCGUCACUUCAGGAGGAAAAUAUUUUGAAAGUAAAGUGGCGCAGUUAAUCCGAGAUGAAACGGAGGAUAUUAAAUGUUUUGUGGAGGGAAAAAAGGACUUCACUUGCUUCUGGGAAGAGGAGGACGGGACGAAUUAUUCACAAGAUAACUAUACCUUCACAUAUACAUACAUGAAUGAGAACAAGAUGGAUUGUGCGGUUUCAUCGUUGUUUUUACUGAGCAGUAACAGAAGUGUCUUCUUCUGCAAACUGCCCAAAGCCCUGUUCUUCACCUCUCUGGAUGUGCAGGUCCUCCGUGAUGGUCAGAUGCUGUAUAAUCGUAGCCUCAGUGUUGAGAACAUCUUGUUGACUGAUCCUCCCAGAAACGUCACGGUCUGGAGCUCGGGGAAGGAAGGGCAGCUGAACGUGAGCUGGCUGCCUCCUGCAGUCAAAUACAUAGACGACAGUUUGAUUUAUGAGGUCAGAUACGCCAUGGAGGAAAGUCACAUGGGCAAGGUGGAGGAGACCAAAGCCAGCACCAUGCUGGUUUUGCGUGGUUUACAGCCUGACACCAGAUACAAGGUGUGGGUCCGUGUCAAACCGGACGGCGUUUCUUAUAAAGGCUACUGGAGUUCUUGGACCAGUCCAGUGAUUGCAGUCACACCACCUGGAAGCAUGGAUCCGCUGAUUGUACUGCUGGUGGUUUUUAUCAUACUGAUCCUCUGUCUCCUCUCUAUGACUGUGAUUCUGUCCCACCACAAGUUUCUUCUGAAGAAACUGUGGCCUGACAUCCCAACACCAGAGCACAAGUUUCCAGGUCUUUUUACUGUCUAUAAAGGGGAUUUUAAGGAGUGGAUGAGCCAGAACAGCGGCAACAUGUGGGCAAGAUCAGUCCACAUGUACACAGAAGAGCUUCCUUCCCCGUUGGAGGUGUUAUCUGAGGUCAGUCUGUCCCCAUUAGACGAGAGGAAGCUUGUGCAGGACGAGGACCAGCGUUCCGACUCGGGGCUGACAGAGCCUCCUCAUUGGCUCAUGGAGCAGCUGAGGGCGCUUCAAGAAAACCCUGAAUCCCUCUCUCGGUCCACGCUACUGCAGUCCCAUGACACCUACAUCACUUUAAACCACAGCUCUGGUGGUCAGCGGGAGGAAGAUGUUUUUGAGGAAACGCUACCAUUGCAAACGCUUUUCACCAGCGCAGGAACAUCCUCUCUAAACGCCUCGCACUCAGAUCUGGGUUCACUCCGGCAGAGCUCUGGGUCAGGCCGGCUGUCCUCGCAGUCUAGCUUUGAGGAUCCCAACCACCCGUGGUCCCCGAAAGGGCCGGGAUACGCUUAUAUGGCUGUGGCGGAUUCAGGGGUGUCUAUGGAUUACAGUCCGAUGAGCUCCAGCCGGAUCAUCGAGAUCGGGAAACGCGGCUUUUACGCCAACGAAUACAAAAACGAGAUCUUUGGAUACAAGUGGCCGUUCUCCGGUCAACACGUCCAGUCUGGAUACUGACACGUUGUUUAAAACAUGAGGUUUAAAGGAAUGGUUCACACAAAAACACGAAAAUUACUUCAUAGUUUACUUACUCUCAAGCUAUUCUCUGUGUAUAUGACGUAGAUGAUUCACUGACUUCUAUUGGUGGCCGAAUGUAAAGCCUUAAUUUAAGCUGCAUUCACACUACAAGCGACUCACAAUGCCAAAGCUACAAGCAACCAUUCAUUUCACUGGAGAGCGAGCAACUUCUGUUGACCUCCGUCUACGCAAUCGACAUCAACCGUUGGCAUGUUGAGUGAUAAAACAAAUUUGAGAAUCCUUAUGCCGCGUUCACAUCAGACAUGGAUGAAGCGUCAAGCGUGAGUGAUUUAGGUGUUAAGUCAAUGCAAAGACGUAAAUAGACAUCCUGUGGCGCGAACGACGCACUUUGUGCGAAUGAAGUGGAGUUUAGCGUGUUUGACAACUAUCGAGUUGGAAAAUAUGAACUUCAGCGGACAUUCACGUUGCGUUAACCAAUCAGGAGCUUUCUCUUGUAGGGGCAUGACUAUGACGUAGUGCCUGUUGUUGGUGUCUCGAGUGAAAUCCUCUUGUUGACACCAGACAACAGUUCAUCAAACUGGGCUUGGCUCAGUCUGAACUACUCCUGAAAGCCUCCAUCAUCCAGGUAAAGUUUCUAGAGGUGUUAAAACUCACAGUGCUAGGUGCACCUCUAACAGUAUCUAGUGGACUAAGACACGGCGCCGAACAAAUCUAUGCUGUUUUUUAGCAUUCCGAAAGCUCAUAAAGCACAGCUACUCUCUCAAUAAAAUCCAUGUUAGCCAUUUAGCAACAAAGCUGGAGUCACCAGGCAGACAAAAGCCCUGCCCAUGAUGCGACUCUUGAUCUUCAAUGCCUCCUCCUUCACCCAGACAUACUCAAUAAUGUUCAUAUCUGGUAACUGGGCUGGCCAAUCCAGGAGAAACUUUCAUGUGGAGGCUGAAGUAUGAUGGAGCGCUAUCCUGUUGAAGAAUUAGCUUUCUCCUGUGGUUUGUAAUGUAAUGGGCAGCACAUGUGCCUUGAUACCUCAGGCUGUUGAUGUUGCCAUCCACUUUGUACAUACUCUGUGUACCGAUUCCAUUUAUUUUUAGUGUUUUCUCUGAACAAUGUUUACUUUCAGCGGCAUGUAAACUCAAUCACCAUCAGUGAAUAUCACCAUAAACGUUCCUAAGCAUCCUUAAGGUGGAAUGUCAAUUAGCGACUUCAUUCGCCACCUAGAGCGACAAGCAGCUACAAAGUAGCUCCAAGUGUGAGCGAGAUCCUUCUGCUUUUAGUGAUCGAGUGCAAUGUUGUUGUGAGCAUUUAUACUUAAGUGUUCUGUUUGUGCUCUUCCAAAACUCUAGCAGGCACUGGGUAUUAUAUGUUCCACUGUGUUGAGUUUCUUCAGGGUUUUGAGUUUACGUGAGUGUUUUGAGUUCGGUGUUUUGAGUUUACAUCAGAAAUGUAAAUCAGCAUCAGAAAUCAGCUUGAGCUUAACCACUCUCACUGGUAGAGCUGUGAUAAAACAAAGCGCUAUUGGCUUUUAUUUUUUAAAGGGGAGGAGCUACUGUAUGUCCCUCCCUCUCUUCAUCUUUCAGUUGAGAUUACGUCAAAUUGGCCUCACAUUGCUCCGAGCCCCACCCACUCGUCACCACCACCAUCUUGAGCUCUGUGUCGGUCCGAAAUGUAGUUAAAUGUUUUUGAGAGGUGUACAUCAGGGUCUGGCAAAGGGUAUGUGACUUCGAUGGCUACGCCAGACCUAUUGUGCGCACUUGUCGAUGCAAAACUAAAAAAGUAGCCUUUAUGCAUGACUGACAUAUAUGAUAUAUGAACUAAAACGAGUAGACAGAUAUAAGUAACAUUGUAAAGGUAAUAUACUGUAUAACGUUAUACAGUAACGCCAAGCCAAGUAGUUUUUUGUUUGUCGUCGUCUUCUGUGGUAAAGAAACGGUGUGGCAAGUGGUUUCCGCAAGACGUGUCUAUUCCUGGAGCUUCUGCUACGAAUGUGUCUUAUGUCAUGUGUUAUAAGUCGUAUACGUUAGUCGCGUGUAUAACUUGCAUUCGGUCGCAGCAAACGUUAGUGGUUUUAGAGUUAUUGAUUUAAAAAUGAUAAAUAUUUCUGUAUUUCUGACAUGUAGUAAUCCCCUGGUGGCAUAUGGGUUAGUUUGACGAUGGAUUUUCGUACCUUUAGAAGCUUCUAAAAAACGGGCAACUACCUAACGCUAUUAUGUCAUGUGUUAUAAGUCGUAUACGUCAGUCGCGUGUAUAACUUGCAUUCGGUCGCAGCAAACGUCAGUGGUUUAGAGUUAUUGUUUCAAAAAUGAUAAAUGUUUCUGAUAUAUCUGUGUUUCUGACAUGUAGUAAUCCCUUCAUGGCAUAUGGGUUAGUUUGACGAUGGAUUUUCGCACCUUUGGAAGCUUAAAAAAAAGGGCGACUAGCUAACACUAUUAUACAACAUGGAAGAACCAGGAUAAAAUUUAAAGCUACUUCGUUCAUCUGACAGAAGAAAGUCUUAUACACUGAGGAUGGCUUGAGGGUGAAUAAAUUAUGGGCUAAUUUUCAUUUUUGUGUUGACUAUUUAACCUUUAGGGAGAAAAACACUAGGAUCUUUCAGGAGAACAAACAACUUCCAUCAGAUUGAAUAAGCUAAUGUUAUAGCAUCAGAAUGGCAGCUGUUGACAUUUUAUUUUGUAUAGUGUAUAUAUAAUGCAUCACCUAAAUACCAAUGGAGACUUUACUUUUUUAUUUUGUUAGACAUUAGUGUCUUGUAUUAUGAAUAUAUUAACUUGUGGCACUUUCCACAAAUAGGGAUCACUUUUCUAUCAUAAAUAAAUGAUCAAUUAAGUCAUAUUGUUUGAUUUGAUUUGAAUUUCACUUUAAACAAUUCUUCAAACAAAAUACACUUCAUCAUAGUCAACUUAAAGAUUUACUUAUCCAUAUACACUUAAAAUAUAAAUGAAUUUAGCCAGUUCCAAAUGGUGCUUGGAUGAAGCUCAAGAUAAUCUACAGGACUAAAUGCAUCAAAUAUCUGUAUUCUGAAUAAUUCAAUCAUACAAAUUGAAUGUCAUUAAUUUGACAUUCAUCUGAAAUGAAUGUGAUUAGAAUGUUUUUUCAAAUAAUUUGAAAUGGCAAAAACGCAAUGAUUUUUCAUUUCGUAGAGAACAUAGCUGUAUUUAUGGCACAAUUUAAUAAAUAUUUCCAUAUAUAUAUAUAUUUGCUAUAGGAAUGCUAAACGACAAACUUUAAAUGAAAUAAAUAUAAAACAAAUCAGUAUAUUUUAUAUUUAUUUUGACCACCUUGAUUCUUUGCCCACCUUGACACUUAAAAAAAACAAUAAUUAAACGAGGUUUAAUUUUUUUAGAUGUUUUAAGCUGUACUGAAGUUUAAGUAAAUAAAAUAAAUGAAUAUUUAAUUAAAAUUGAUAUAAUAAAUGCUUAAUACUUUUGUCCUACUGAGCUGGACUUUCACCACUUUCAUCUUAACAACAAUAAACCUACACACACAUUUAACCAUCUUUGUGGAAAGUACCUGAUCUCCUUCUGUUUAGAACACAGGUGUCAAACUCAGUUCCCGGAGAGCCGCAGCUCUGCGCAGUUUAGUUUCAACCCUAUUUUAACACACCUGAUCAAACGUAUUGAGUCCUUCAGGCUUGUUUGAAACCUACAGGUAAGUGUGUUGGAGCAGGGCUGGAACUAAACUGUGCAAGGCUGCGGCCCUCCAGGACACCCCUGGUUUCGAUUUUUCCCAAAUCUCCCAUGUAAAUUGUACAAUUGUACACAUAUAUUUAUUUAUUUUUUUAUGUAAAUAACAGUUUUCUAAUCUGAUUUGUGGUUUGUUAAUCUUUUAGAUCUGUAAAAAUUCAAGCAUAAAGGAAGUCAGUCUGAUAAAAAGUCAUUAGACCUUAUUUGUUGGGUCGGGUAUUUCAGAUAAAUGAAGGAUAGUCAUCCAUCCAGAUCAUGCUUUUGUG